AUGGAUACUUUUAUCGACCGUCGCUUUGAGCGGCUGGAAAAGGCUCUUGCCAAUUUGAUCGACUCGGUCACCAAAUACCAUCCUUCUACGGUGCAUGCCCAAGAGCUCGAGGCGGCCGACAAUGAACUGAGCAAAGGCUUGGAAGAGGUUCAAACGCACCAGAACAAUUAUCUACGGAUUCAGCAACUCCGCGAGUCUUCAGCAGCUCUCGACGCCCAGAUCCGCGACACCAUCUCGAGUCUCGCAACGACGCGCAAGGACAUCGUGACGACGCAUGCCACCACCUUCUCAGCCGAACCCAACUACCCCAUCGCUUACGAAGAGCUACUCAACUAUGCUCGUCGCAUUAGCAAGACGACUAUGCCCCCUGCGGGGACUAUCAACCCCGUGUCACCCUCUCCCCCUGAGGGUCAGACACCCGCAGGCCAGACACCUGGGCCCGACUCUCAAAACGCCUCCGUCAUGACGCCCUCGGCGCCCCCUACAUCACAGGUCCAGAGCCCCGCCGUGAUGAAUGGCACGCCACAAGUGUCCCAGGAACCCGCGACACAGCAGACCACCACAUCAGCCAACACCAACCUCCCCGAGGGGUGGACCCAGUUCCUGAACCCCCUAUCCGGCCAGCUCUUCUUCCCCUGGCCCCAGGAGGACAAGAUCCGUGCUGGCUCCCUGGCAUCCAACCAAGUUCUCAUGGAGCAAGGCAUCGAACCCAAGGGCUAUGAUCCCGUUGAGGAGGAAGCGCGCAAGCAACGCGAGGAAGAGGAGCGGAAGCAGAAGGAGGAGGAGGCUCGCCUGGCCCAAGAAGAACGCGAGAGGAAGAUUCGCGAAGACCGCGAACGCCAGCGCAUCGAGCGGGAGCGACAGAGGGAGAAGGAACAAGAAGCCUGGAGACGAGCCAGUCUUGUUGGAGGGCCAUCUGGUGCUCCUGGCGAGACCAAGAGCACGGCUGGACCUCCCCAGCAAAAGGCACAGUUCCAGUUCACCAACCUGGAUGAUUUGGAUGACGACGACGACGACGAUUGA